UAAGACGAGGACGAGGUUAUCCAAAAAUAUUCAAAACACAGCAAUGUGUCUUUUGUGUUGGUGUUUAUUUAUAGUGUAAGCGCUAUUUACAUAUAAUAUUUUCUUAACAUUCUAAAGCCAGUUUAGUUGUUAAUUCACAUAUUUUACUUGAGUUAAAUAAAUACAAAAAUAUUAAAAUCUACAACCACCGCACCACGCUACUCCAUCCGCCACCAUCGCAAUUGAUGUUAGUAUGAUUUCUGUUUAGUUGUUAAUACAAAUAUUGUAUCUAACAACUCAAAUUAAAAACUAUCCCUUCUAACCACAAAAAUGUUGUACACAUAAUAUAGGCAUAUUGUUAUUUUAUGAUCUAUUGCAAUCCAUUAUGUUUUGUCUAUCAUUAUCAUAGUAGUUAUUUGACUAUUAUUAAAAGACAAAAACAAUCAUCUGCUGUAGAUGUUAAUUCCUGUUUUUGUUUAAUUGUUCAAACAGGCAAAGUCUGUCAUUUCGAUAAUGAACUGUGUGGUCCGUGUCUAAAUCAUCCGCUGACAACAUGUUGCCGCCUCCACCUUUAAAACAUUACCGCGGUGCUCUUGCUUUUUCCUUGUUUGUAUCUAUUUGUUUCCCUUAGAAACCAGGACGCGGAGAGAAUCCCAGUGAAGGACUAGUUAAUGAAAAAAAAGAGACAAAGCACCAAUAGCAGAGCAGAUAACGGGACUUCCCGCUCCACCGUCCGCCCGAUGGAGUAUUUAGGGAGCCGAGUCCGUCCGGGAGAGCAGACGACAGGUGCACCGGGCACGACCAAGUUAUGGAAGGUGGAGAUGAAACUGACAGGUGCACCAUCAAACGACUGGGGACGAAUCGACGCCCAUCGUGUCUCAUACAAGCGGUUCAGGAGGCGGAUCAUCCAGAAGAGCGCCAGCGGGGGUCCAGCUGCCAGCACCCCGCUGGCCACUUGGCGGCAGCGCGAGCCCAGCUUUGAGCUCCACACGGUCCGCCAGAGACUGGAGCUGGAUUCUCCGCCGAGGCUCCGCGAACCGGCGGCAAGAGGCCCGCCCCGCGAGACAGCACACACACCACGCUCCUUUCCUGCCAGGGGACGGCCCGCACCAGACAAUACCCCACAACAGGGAUGGGUGUGGGAAGCUGCAGUUCCAGAACAUCAAGGUUCUGAUGAGAGAAGACGUGCUAUGCAGCCCUUUGCUCUCUUGGACAAAACUUCCACCAGUCAGCUGGGAAAGUCAGUGGUGAAGUUGGCGGCACCGUCGCUGCUGAAUGACUACUACACUCACCUUCUCGACUGCAGUUGUAAGGGUGUGAUCGCGUUAGCACUGGGCUCUUCGGUCUACCUGUGGAAUUCACAAACUGGCUCUCUGGUGGGAUAUUUGGACCCGAGUCCACACCCAGGACUGGCGCGCCAUCCGACGCCGUCCAUCUCCUGCCUGAGCUGGAGCAGGGACGGCGGCACCCUCAGCAUCGGGACCCGGCGAGGAGAGAUACAGCUGUGGGAUGUCGAACACAAGCGAAACAUGAGGUGUCUGCCGUCACACCUCUCCGUGGUUAGAGGGCUUUCCUGGAACCAGCACUUACUCAGCAGCGGCUCUGCUCUCGGACGCAUCCAUCACCUGGACCCCCGGGCUCCUGAGCCUUUGGUGGGUGCUAUUGUCCAGGCCGAGGCGGUUUGCGGCCUCCAGUGGUCCCCAGGAGGCGACCGGCUGGCCAGCGGCUCCACAGAGGGCCUCCUCUGUAUUUGGGGUGGGGACAUGGCGGGGGUCACAUGGUCACGUCAGCCGAUCUCCACGAUGAGACAGCCCAGCGCUGUUAAGGCAAUGGCUUGGUGUCCGUGGCAGAGAAGAAUGAUCGCCACAGGAGGCGGAUGGACCGAUGGAGAGCUCAGAGUCUGGGACACAGAUUCGGGGACUUGCGUGACUUCUGCAAACACAGAUUCUCAGAUCUGUUCUCUGCGAUGGGCCGAGAAGAAGAAGUGCCUGGUCACAGGUCACGGCCUUCCUCAUUACCAAGUCAGCUGCUGGUCGUGCCCCCUGCUCCCCGUCCUCGGCCCGGUCUACCGGAUGUCAGGUCAUUCUCAAAGAGUUCUGCAUUUGGCCGUAAGCCCUGACGGCUCUCAGAUUUUCUCUGCUGGAGCAGACCAGCAGUUUCACAUCUGGGACGUGUAAUUUCACAACAUCACUGAACAUGGACGGUGAAUUCUGGAGACCUGUGUGAAACUUGUGUCUGACCCGUGUCUCCAAUCUCCGGCUCCGAGCUUAUCACAAUGAAAAGUUAACAAACCCAAACCUAAAUUCAACUUCUUAUUACUGUUCGAUAACAUCAACAUAAAAAUACAGAAUUCUGGGGACUUGAUUCUAUUUGUUUCAGGUUUCACUUCCCACGGUGAGUGUGUGUCAUACGAUGCAAACUCGCUAUUAAGUUUGCAGCCACAAAGGACUUCAGAGAUGUCGUGCAAAAGUACCUGUGGUGAAGACCUCCGUUUAAAAGAAAUAAGACCCCAGUGCAGUGAGUAUUUUGGUCAAAAUGUUCAGACACAGACAGGCACAUGUCGAAGAGACGCUGCAACGUGUGAGGUCUGUCACCGCCAACAUGUCAUUAUUGAAGACUCCACCACAACACUAAAGUUCAACAACACAAAAAGCGCAACACAGGAGUCAAUGAUACAUUAUCCCUGCAGCAGCACUGUGCACUGUAUAUCUCAAAUUAAACAGUGACUUUAUGCUCCAAAUCAGUCCCAGGUCUUUAUGGAAGUUGAAAUGUUGGAAAAACCUGUCUUUUGUUUCCAGUAUAUUUAAAAGGACCAUUUGAUUGGCAGUUAAGGGCCAUUGCAUUUUCAUUCAUGCAACAUUUAACACUAAAUCUAAACCCCCACCUAAAAGGCCAAUGGAAUAUAAUGAUUCUGUGCUCACUCCCUGCUAAUGAGAGUGCUACACUAAUGUGGUGGUUCUUGAUGUGGCAUUAAUAGUUGUGGCUUUACUUAAGGGACUAUACCCUCUACUAUUCUAUAAGUUUAGAAUCCUUAAGUUAAAAUGAAUGAAAUAAAAAAUGAUCAUUGUUGUUCGUAGACUUUAUUUCUUUAUAUUUUCUUGUAUUUCUCAUUUGUAUGUACUGUGUGUAUGUUGAGACCACAUUGAAGAGUCAAAUUCUGAUUUUAAGAAUAACAGCUGAUAAUCGACUCAAUUGCAGAAACGUACAAUCUGGUAAAAUUUGGGAAAUUAUUGAUUGGUUUGGUUUGCUCAAAACAUUAAAACAAUUACAGCUGCAAUGAACUAUUUUCUG